AUGGGACUUAGUUUAUUUAGUGAGUUCAGCCAUCUGUCUUUGCCAUUGUUUCCUCCACCAACCAUGGGCAAGUCGAAGUGUCUGCGAGUGGUGCUAUCUGAUUCCUCAGCACUCAACCUGAGUGAUUACGACUCGGAGAUCGCAACUCCACUUGUCAAGCCUGAGGUUGACUCACCUUUGGAGCCUUGUUGGCAUACCUGUCAUCCCAAUGCUGGAAAAGGUGGAGCAGCCUCUCAGUUAAGGAGGGCUGGAGAAGCUGUGAUUGAUGAACCAGGAAGAUGCACUGGCAAGGGACGACAGUUUGUUAUACCUGAUGGAGAGCUGGAGAAGAUCAUGGUGCCAUCUCCAGUAAAAAAGAGAACUUGUAAGAAAGGUAAAAAAUCAGCUGUACCAGCAGUUACAAUACCAGAUCAAUCAGAUGAUGCAGGUUUCGCACCUUCUCUGCAUGUUGCAGAGCCUGGUGAAAGGUUUGGGUUACAGAAGAACCCCAUUCCUCCGGGUUAUGUCAGUUUGCAGUGUUUGUGGUUGGAAGAGCACCCUGAGUGUCUAAAAUCUCGUAUUCAGCAGAAUAGACCACGCUCCCAUACUCACACAGAGGUUGCAAGAAGGCCUGCUGUUGAACCACCUGUCAUAUGUGCACCCGCUAUCCAUGAGGCACAGCCUACCAUCCCACACCUGAAGCCACCUGUUCACAAAAAAUUGUUGGGGGCAGGUCGAGCUUUUCCAGACAGCGCUUCCUCCAUCUUGCGACCUGUUGCUGUAUCGGAAAAUGAAGAAACCAAACAUCACAGCAACAAGGAUAUGUCCGAGGUUGAUGGUGGGUUAAACAUGGUCAAUGAUGACAAGUUCCCUCUGAGCAAUGACAAAAUGUGUACCUCUCCACCUGUUGAAUUCUCACUUGACAGAUCUGCAGAUGAGAAUGAGGAUAUCGGCCACACCCAGCGACGUCAAGGUCAGGCAGAACAAUGGGUCGAUCACCUUGGACAUGCAUCUCGAAAGGAUGACAGGCAAGAUAGGCGUAAAGAUUGCGGUGAGCAGAGCCAACCACAAACUAGUCGAUUGCAUGGUGCUAGCAAACAAGCUCAUUCCAAUGCAAUAGUGGAAGUGGAAGUGCCUAAUGUGGAUUAUGAUGUCAUUAAAUGGCAUCAGAAGACCAAUCAUCAUAUUUGGUCUCCAUCACUGACAUACUUGCAUUCAGUGCACCAUUCUGGCUUCAUGGUCAAACAGCCAAACACCAAGCGCGCUCACACUAGCACUCUCUGGUCAAACAACGAUCAUCAAGCAGGUGUGGACUCUGAUGGUGACAUGAAGGUUGAUUCAGAAGUCCAACACACCAGUGUUGGGCGCCACACAAAGGCAGCCAAGAAUGUACAGGGCAGUACUGUUGUUGCAAAACAGAAGACUCUUGGUUUCUUUCCGGAUCUUUGGGUCAAACUGCUAAAUUACACAAAGGCCUGUUUCAGGUUGCAUCUUGCCACUGCAGACCCAUUCCCUGCACAUGAGGAAGCCCUUAGUGAUACUGGUAUAUGCUUGGAACUAGUCACGGAAUUGAUCCAAACAGCUUUGGGAGAUUCUGAAAAGGUGUACCGUAAACUAACAAAUAUGCUCAAGCAGGUUGCAGAUGACGAAUAUCACAGUGAGAAGCUCAAUGAAGCACUCCGAUCUUGGGCUCUGGCUGGCAUGACUGGGGUUGUUGUUGAUGAUGAGCCUCAAGACCUCGAGAGCGAUUCCAACUGGGUGGUUGAACUUGAUUAA